AAGGUAUACAAAAGAAAAAACACUCUCAAAGCCGGAGAACAGAAUUAGGGUUCUUUUGAUCUGCCGAACGGAUUCCUUAGUUGAAGGAAAAGAAGAACAUCAAAAUGAGGCCGAUUUUAAUGAAAGGCCACGAGCGUCCCCUGACGUUUCUAAGGUACAACCGAGAGGGAGAUCUGCUUUUCUCCUGCGCCAAGGACCAUAAUCCCACCGUUUGGUUCGCCGACAACGGCGACCGCCUCGGCACCUACCGUGGCCACAACGGAGCUGUUUGGUCCUGUGAUAUAUCCAGGGAUUCAUCGAGGCUUAUAACAGGAAGUGCAGAUCAGACUGCAAAGUUAUGGGAUGUUAAAACUGGAACACCGCUGUACACAUUCAAUUUUGAAUCACCUGCUAGGUCUGUCGAGUUUGCUGUUGGUGACAAAGUAGCAGUUAUCACUACAGAUCCUUUUAUGGGGUUCACUUGUGCUAUUCACAUAAAAAGAAUUUCCACAGAUCUAGAAGACCAGACUGCCGAAUCGGUUCUAACUCUGAAGGGGCCACAGGGAAGAAUCAACAGAGCAGUUUGGGGACCCCUAAACAGAACGAUCAUAAGUGCUGGUGAAGAUACAAUAAUUCGUAUCUGGGAUUCUGAGACUGGGAAAUUACUGAAAGAAUCCGACAAGGAGGAGGGCCACAAAAAACCUAUUACCUCACUUACAAAAUCUGCUGAUGGUUCACAUUUCCUCACUGGUUCCCUGGAUAAGUCUGCAAAGCUUUGGGAUACAAGAACAUUGAAACUUAUUAAGACAUAUGGGACGGAACGUCCUGUGAAUGCUGUUGCGAUGUCACCCCUUCUUGAUCAUGUGGUACUUGGUGGUGGUCAAGAUGCAUCAGCCGUUACCACCACAGAUCAUCGCGCUGGAAAAUUUGAGGCCAAAUUUUACGACAAGAUCCUCACGGAAGAGAUAGGAGGUGUGAAAGGACAUUUUGGACCAAUAAAUGCCUUGGCAUUCAAUCCAGAUGGAAGAAGUUUUGCAAGUGGAGGCGAGGAUGGUUAUGUGAGGUUGCACCAUUUUGAUCCAGAUUACUUCAAUAUCAAGAUAUAAAGGCGUCUUGAUUGUGCAAGUCCCGACCUGGAACCUGUUUUCAUGUAUUGAAAUUUUGAAGCUUGGGCUCUGAUUUUCUAAUUGGAGCUCAACUGCACAAGGUUCUUUAGCAAAUUUUAUGUAUUCUCAACCUGCGAUGUUUUAUUUUUCUUUUCUUUUAAUUUUUUGUUGAAACCAUUUGAGGCGAACAAUUAUAAGCUUCUGAGAUGGAACUGUUGGUGAGGACUGAGGAGGACAAACGUUAGAUACAAAUUUAUCCAAAAAAUCCAAAUAUUUUUAACUCAA